CUUCCUUGUCUCUGCUCCUCCAUCCCUGGCUGCAGACUGCUGGAAGAUCUGCUAGCGAGUCCUCUGGCUGCUGCCUGAGGGCUGUUGUGUGCAGCUGAUUUUUUAUUAGACUUUGCAAAAUUUUGCUUUUUAUCACCCAGUGUGGAGGAUGGAGCCUGGAACUCGGAGCUGCCGGCUGGGUUUGGCCACUGAGCUGCUGGCUCAGGUGCCUCCAGCCAGGGCUCCAGCGCUGACACAGAUGGCAGGGAUGGCAGAGCACGGGGCUGUCUCUUUAAGGCAGAAACGGGAACUCUCUGGCUGCCACUUUGUGGAGUUUAGCCCAGCUCCCUGUUUUCAUUAGCGCUUCAUUUCAUCUCCUCCUCUCCCCCCCAGCCCCACCUCCUCGAUCGGCAUUUCUGCAUCCUUUGUGUGCAUCCACAGCAGCAGGUGAAAGUCGGGCUGGCACCUGCACACACCCACACCUCCCUGUGGGCUGGACGCUCCUCUGCCGCGGGAGAGAUCCCUUCCACCCUCCGGAUCUUCCUCCUCCCGGGCGGGCUUGGCUGCGAGCAUCCCGGUCCUCGCUUGAGGCUGCCGUGCUGCUCCUGACGGCUUUGGCUGCAGCAGCUGCAGCAGCGGAGGAGCUCUGGGACCCCGGGGACAGAGCUCUGCAGGGAGCCAGCUCAGCUGGGGGGAGACAGCUGAGCCUCGGGGGGCCGGAGCAUUCCCAGCAUUUGGAGCAUCCUGGAGUCCAGAGCAUCCCCAGCGUCCAGGGUAUCCUGGGUACAGAGCAGCCCUGGCAUCUGGAAUAUCCUGGGAUGCAGAGCAUCCCCAGCAUCUGAAGUGCGGAGCAUCCAGAGCAUCUCGGUGUUGUGUUAUUCUUUGGUCCAGUGCAUCCAGAGCAUCAGGGUAUCCAGAGCAUCCUGCCAUCCCUGGCAUCUUGGGAGCCCUGCCUUCCAGCUCAUCCCCAGCAUCCAGAAGCAGCAUCCAGAGACAUCCCAGAGCAGGGGGAUUUACAGGAACUGCUGUGAGUAAUGGGGAGGGAACCUUGGUCCUGCUGAUCGGCUCCUGGAAAUGUCACCCUGCCCUGAGUGCCAGUGAAAAGAGACAGUGGGGGAAGAGAGGGAGAGGAGGAGGAGAGGAGAAGGGAGGACAGACACAGAGUGGAGAGAGAUGAUCCUCCUUCCCCAGCCCCGGUGAUGAUCACAUAGCACAGGCCACGCUGGAGAAGGUCCCCAGCCCAGGGCCAGCCCUGCCCCCGGCUCCUCAUGGAGGGGGACCUGGGGGCCCCCAAUGCCAGCGUGCUGGGGGAGCACUCCCUGCUCAUGGGCAGCAGCUGGGUGGCUGCCUUCCUCUGCUUCAUCAUCCUGCUGACCACAGCGGGCAACUUCCUCCUCAUCCUCCUCAUCGUCACGCAGCGCUCCCUCCGCAACACCUCCAACUACUUCCUGGUGUCCCUCUUCAUGUCGGACCUGAUGGUGGGGCUGGUGGUGAUGCCCCCGGCCAUGCUCAACCAGCUCUACGGCCGCUGGGUGCUGCGGGGGGACUUCUGCUCGCUCUGGGCCUCCUUCGACGUCAUGUGCUGCAGCGCCUCCAUCCUCAACCUGUGCGUCAUCAGCCUGGACCGGUACCUGCUCAUCACGUCCCCGCUCCGCUACAAGCUGCGCAUGACGUCCUGCAGGGCGCUGGCGCUCAUCCUGGCCACCUGGACCUUGGCCGCGCUGGCCUCCUUCCUGCCCAUCAAGAUGGGGUGGCACGAGCUGGAGUUGGAGGUGCAGCCCCUGAACGUCACCGGCCGGGGGGAUGAGGACCAGUGCCGGCUGCUGGUCAGUCUGCCCUACGCCCUGGUGGCCUCCUGCCUCACCUUCUUCCUGCCGUCCGCCGCCAUCUCCUUCACCUACUGCCGCAUCCUGCUGGCAGCGCGCAAGCAGGCUGUGCAGGUGGCCUCCCUGGCCUCCAACGUGGCCACCACCGAUGAGGCCACGCCACAGGUCCCACGCACCCCGAGCCAGCCCCUGGCUGGCAGCGAGAGCAGGAGGUUCACCAACAAGCACAGCAAGAAGGCUCUGAAGGCCAGCCUGACCCUGGGCAUCCUCCUGGGCAUGUUCUUUGUGGCCUGGCUGCCCUUCUUCGUCACCAAUGUAGCUCAGGCAGUUUGUGACUGUGUCCCAGCCGGAUUCUUCGAUGUGCUCACUUGGCUGGGCUACUGCAACAGCACCAUGAACCCCAUCAUCUACCCGCUCUUCAUGAGGGACUUCAAGAGGGCCAUGGGCAAAUUCCUGCCCUGCUGCCGGCGCUCCGCGGAGCCCCGGCCCAGCGCCAUCUCCCUGUCCAUGAGGAAUUCCAACAGCGGGCCCCGCGCUGCCACAUCCCUCAAGAACGUCCUCACCCUGCAGGCUGAGACCGACUCCAUCGACUCCGGGGCACCGGGGAGCGAGCCCAGGCUGCUCCCGGCGCCGCGGGGCCCUGGCGCCCGCUCCGUCAGCCUUUGGGAUGCGGAGCCCCCGGACACGGAGCUGCAGCUCGGCACGCCCGUGGCCUGAGCGGGCACGCACAGCGCUGUGUGACAGGAAGGAUCAUCGGGGCCCAACACAAACCCUCCGGGAGCUUUGUGGCUGAUUUGCCGCAAGCCAUCUCCCCAGUUCCCUGUUCCAGCACACAGUGCAGUUCACGGAAGGGAUGGUGGCCCCGGGCGCUAUCACAAGGAGGAUCAAACCGUGCAGAGCCAGAUGGAGCUUGGGGCUGGUGUUGAGCACCCAGAUCAAGAUGUGCAUCUUCCCACAAUGGCUUUAUAUAAAUACAAGCUUGGACUACAACCCAAGUUAAAAAGGAGCAGAAAAAGGCAGUUCUGUGUAAGGAGGUGUUUCUUGUGGACAAACCCUCGGAUGAGCAGAGGAAUCCCAUCCCAACCCUGCAGCCAAUGGCACCACCAGCAGCUGGCUGAACAGCCCCAUCCCUGUGGGAUCCCACAGCCAGUCCCUGUCGUCUCUGCAGUGAGGCACCCCUCCAGGUCAGAGCUGGGCAGGUCUGAGCCCCCUGGGAUGCUGGAUUUAGGGAGAGGAAUUGCCAGGCACUGCAUCCAAACCAUGGUGCUUUGCUGGGUCACAGCAUCACCCCCAAACUCAGCUGUGUCUGACUCCAUGAGGAAUGAUCUGCAGGGUCCCAAACAUGUUUCUAACAGGAAUAGGGCCUCCAAGCCUCCAACACUCACCAACGUCAGCCUGGACAGAGGGAAACUGUCUUGGAGAUGGGAAAGUGCCUGAGCCCUGGCAGCAAACCU